AUGUCUCUCACUCGGGUCAUCAAGGCUCUCGCGGUUCUUUCCGCCACCCAGAGUGUCAACGCUCACUCCUGGGUUGAGUACGUGCGCCGCGUAUCGUCCACUGGUUCCUUUGUUGGAGAUAUUGGCUACCCUAUGGGUCACGUCAACCGGACUGAUCCUAGCUUUGCCGACACCGCCGUCCAGAACAAGAUUCUCGAUGUCACGAGCAACCCAGCCGUGUGCCGGGAAUUCUCGGGCGGCGGCUACUCCAACCCUGCGUACCCUCCCCUCACAGCAGCUGCCGGCGAGUUCGUCUCCUUGCAGUAUGCCGAGAAUGGCCACACUAGCUUUCCGGACCAGACACCGCGAGGAUUCAGAGGCGGCAACGUGAUGAUCUACGGAACUUCGGAGGACACAACGGGUAUGGGCAUCAACGACGUCUUGUACCAGUGGGACACUGAGGGCUCGGGCGGCAACCAGAAGGGCAAACUUCUGGCCAGCCAUUUCUUUGAUGACGGACAGUGCUAUGAGAACCCCAACGCCUCGCCCAUUCGAGCUCAACGUGCCGCUAAGUACGGAGCAGAGAGCCUUCUCUGCCAGUCCAACUUGCAGCUCCCUUCAGAUCUGCCGGCAUCAGGCAAGUACACUGUCAUGUGGGUUUGGGACUGGCCUCAGAACCCCAACGAGAAGGGCAACACCACCGAGAUUUACACCAGCUGUGCUACAAUCAACCUUGACGCCCCUUCGUCCGGCUCCAGCAUCAAGGGUGUCGUUCAGUUCAAGCAGAACAAGAACAUUCUGCUGGCUGCCAUCGAAUCACAGAUGAAGACUCUCGUCGAGGUAACCGCACGCGGCACUGGCACAGCAGCUCCCGCUGCCGUCACCGAUGCCCCUGCUGCCACAAACACUGCUUCUGCAUCCGCAUCCAAGACUCAGGCCUCGAGCUCUUCCAAGAAGCACGGCGGCGGCGGCGUGAAGACGGUUACCGUCACUGCCGAAGCCGCGACCGUCACCCAGUACGAGACUGUUACCGUCAGUGCUGGUGCAGGUGGUAGCGGCCAGAAGACAAGCUCCGCCGCGCAAGCAAGCGUGACCUCGGGCCUGAAGACCUCUGUUAGAAGCAGCUCGACCCGGCCCGCCAUCACCGGAGCCGUAUCUGUCACCAGCGUCGCCCCCUUCCUCAAGGCUCGCGCCACUGGCCAGGCACGCCGCAUGAGAUAA